UGAGAAUGCCGAAAAUCCAAAAGGGUUGCCAUAAAUUCAACACCUCUUGUCAAAAGAAGAUAUAUUGAGAAUCCCAAAUCACACUACUAUUCCCACCACCACCAUGACAGCCGUUCGUUCGAUUUUGGCCAUGGGGGCAGCGGCCGUGACCGUUUCCGCCCUUCCUUCUCCUCUAUACACCGCCAGCAACGCGAUAUCCCCCGUGGAAUCUUCCCGAGGGUCAGGGACGAUCCAGCGAGACGUUGCCGACCUGAUUCCCUUGCACCAAGAUGAUCGCCGCCGUCUUGAAGACGAAGGGGAGCCCCGUUACCAAGCGUCCUAUUUUGCCCGCUACCAACUCCUCGCCGAUGAUCUCUGUUCGGCACCCAAUCCCAUCAUUGAGCUGUAUUGCAAUGGCACCCUCCGUCCCAUGUCCAUCUCUGACGGAUCCAUCCAGUGCGUCCGCACUUCCGUCGGCGAUUGGGAUGGGAUGCGAUGUUCCAAUGCCUGUGGCGGUAUUGGCCAACCCUCCUGUGAUUCCGUCUUUCUGGAGGAUGGCAGCGUGGGUAGAGGCCAAUUCGCAGAUAUUUACUUUUCGUGUGUCGGAGAAGAUCCUGCCGGUGUGGAUGCCUACAUGAACUAUGUCGGUGGUGAGCCUGGAGCCUGUGAGGAUUCCACCGACAGUUCCACCAACAGUCGCAACUUCCACGUGGCUCAACUGGGGGUCUUCUGCUAUGAUGAUUCCGACGGUGCUGGUGCCUAUGUGUUUGAUGAUAAGGACUUUGAAUGUGGCUUGGGGAAUGCCCCCGCCAAAAUUGAAGGUGUCUACACUUGCUUGGAUGGAACCAACUGUGAAGGGGCUGCCUGUGCAGUGCCUUUUACAGACCUUGUGGUGGAAGCAGAUCAUCACAAUUUUUACGAUUGCAUUCAAAAUUUGACAGCACUGCCUGUCCCCGAGGAACCACCCAAGAGCGACCUCAUUGCUCCCGCGGCAGCGGGGGAAUACUCGGCCCUCUUUCAGGCCAAUUGGAAGCUCAAAUUGGACACUAGUGUCUGUGGAGGAGAUUUCGCCAUGAAACGACUUUCGUGUCCCAAUGGGCGGAUUUCGUUGGUGGAAACCUUGGCUUCGGAUGUCAAUUGCACCAUCAUCAGUGACAGCCUCAUGGAAUGCAACGAUACCACCCCCAAUUUCUUUGUUAACGAAUUCAGUGGCGCUAUUUUCCAAUGCGAGGCCACCGAUGCCAUCCCAGAGGCUAUGGUCGAGUACACCUCUGCCAAAGCUCUCUGUGCCGUCGAUGACCAAUACGUGUCUCACCUUGUCCAAUUGGGUGUCCAAUGCGAGGAUACUGUCAAUGGAGUCUUCACUUCUUUUUCGGACUAUCUCUUUGAGUGUGGAGACAACAAUACUUACGAAGUCCUCAAUGGUCGAUACACUUGCUCUGCCGAAAACCAUUUCGGGCCAGCUGGCGAAACCCCCACGGGCGAAGUGACGGAUCUGCCGGUGGCUUCGGUCUACACCGAUUUCCGUUGGAGCCGCGGAGCCUACGAAAUUUGCUAUAACUUUGAUCCACCGGCUGCCAGUCAAGCCACUCCCGCUCCUUCGCCAUGUCAAGGUGGCGGUGUCUUUGGCCUUGGCAUUGGGUUUGGUGGUGGCACCAGCGCUGAUUGCGCAGAGCCGCCCACCACGCCCUCUCCCACCACCGCAGAGACUCCAGCUCCCGUCACACCGGCGCCCAUUGUUGUCAUGACCCCUGCCCCCACCGAAACCGAUCCACCAACAACGGCCCCAGUGGCGGCCGUGGUGGCCGAAGCAGGACCACCGGCACCUCCAGGAACCCCUUUCUUUGUCGAUUAUCAGGCAAAAAUCAAGCGAAUCGUUGACGACGGUUGCGACAGCCCAGAAGGGGAUUCGGUGUUUGUCUUUUGUGACAAAGGAUCCAUCGAGAUUGAUACAGACAAGACAUCUGACGAUAUCAUCUGCGCUCCUCCUGAGGAUUUCACCGGCGGGGGCGAAUUCGCUGUGUGCUUGUUCAGGUGCUCCGGCACUGCCUGCGAUGAUCUCUACAUUGACCGAGAAUCCUUCCAGAUUGGGAGCAUUUGGGUGAUCAAUGACGACUGGGCAGAGAUUUUCUUCCGAUGCACCGGAGAUAGCGUGGAUUCCGUUGAUGCGUCCUACCUGAUGUUCGGCAGUGAUGAUGGUGGGGAGACUGGAAGCUGCACGGCCGAUGCUGGUGCGGGUCAAAACUUGCUGCUAGCAGAGCUCAAUGUGGUGUGCCCCAACGAGGACACUGGUGCUUUGGAAUUGCAGAACUCACAUGCAUACUCUGAAUGUGAUUUUGGUGUCAUUCCUUUGCCUGUGAAUGGCAACUACACGUGUGUGACAGGACGUUGGUGUACGAACAGGGCCUGUUUGGUGGAGUACGAGGACAUGGAGGUCCAGGCUGAACACCACAAUUUCCAGCAGUGCAUCCAGACCGACCCUGCUGGUUUCUCCGUGCCUGCACCUGUUAUUGAGUUCGAUGACGACGAACUCGUCCCCGAGGCUGGGCAGUACUCUGUGCAAUUCCAAGCUGGAAUCGAAUUUGACUAUGAUGAGGACAACUGUGAAGUCCAAAACUCUGGGGUUCGCCUAACUUGUGUGGACGGAACAAUUCAGCUCAUCAAUGCCGAGAGUGGCUUUCUCUGUGAGACUGUGAGCGACAGUGUGAUCGAGUGCGCUGAAACUGAGUUUACUGUGCGUGGUGAGCGUGUGAAUGUGGCCGAAUAUGAAUGCACUGCUACGGAUGUUGUCCCGCAAACCCGUGUGGAGUACCUUGCCACGGAAAUCGGCUGUACUUCCAGUUCUGAAGAAACCGCCACCCGCUACAUCGACCUGGGUGUCUUGUGUGGAGACCCCGGCGAUCAGAGCUUCUUGUCCAGUGAUAUCUUCUUUGAAUGCGCUCAGGAAAAUGGGUACACCAUCCGAACUGCUGAUGUCCUAUUCUCUUGCUUCUCCACAAUCGAUGUACCGGAAAACAGUGACAACGAACAAAUCACAAUCCCUGCUGCCCAGGCCUUCACUGAUUACCGAUGGGCGUUCUUAUCGACCAAUUUCUGCUGGACCUUGAAGCCUCCAACAACAGCGUCUGCCGCCUCAAGAGCCGAGCUCAGGAAGGUCGCAAAGGCUGCAAAGGGCGGAAGCAAGGGCAGCAGCUCCAGCGGCAGCAGCACCAGCAGCAUCACCAGCAGCUCAAGCACCAGCGGCGCCACUACAUCCACAUCUGGAUCAAACCCCAACCGGAUUGGAAGCGGCGGAAGCAGCAGCGGACUGAACGCGUCCUCUGCUGAUCGAGCGAGUUUCGCUGCGGGAUUGGUUGCUCUCGUUGCUGCGGUGGCAGCUUUUGCUUGAGCUAACCAGACCUAUUGGCUGACGACGUUAUAGCUCAUUCAAAAAUGUACAUGAUGUGCUGGGCGAGCCCCCAGCAAGAAACACAGAAAAGUUAAAUUAGGCAAUAAUGUAAUAAAAGCAAAAUGAAUUAGCG